CAAAAACAUAAAACAGUUUAGCAAAAAUUAACAAAAAGAAAGAACCUAAAGGCAAAAAUAUCAUAAAUCAGAUUAAAGUGCAUUUGUUGUAACGUAUACAUUUUCGUAACCUAUUUGUAAAUUUUUUGUUAAAUAGCAAAAAAUUAUUGCUGAACAGCGAUUUUUGUUUAAUGGCCAAUAUCAAACAGAAAUUGAAAUCAAUUUAUCCAAGUAGUUGCAUAGAAAAUUUCAAAGGGACUGGUUGGCAUAUAAAAAAGUUGUUCCUAAAACUAAUAAAAAUUUUGGAAAUGUUUACCUUGAAAUCCUUUUGUUUAAUAUGGUUUCUCUUGGGCAUCGUCGCGGAGAUAAUGUCAGAGGAUUAUUUACAUUUCGGCGGUACCGAGGAAGAGUCUAGACAGGCAGCGUAUUAUUUGUCUGCCGAUAGUGGUUCUAAUAUAGGUCCUACGGAUGAGUUGAAACGUACACAGCGUUCAUUUUGGAAGAAAUUAUUUAAAAACGGGCUAUUUGGAGAAUGUGAUAACUGCUGUAAUAACUGUAAUUACGAUGUAGGAAAUGGUGAUAAUUAUAGUCCGGCACCUUUGCCUCUUUUGCCAUUUCAGCCCUUUCGACCAUUGCCACUGUGGCAAAAUUUACAGCCUUUAUUCGGUCCAAUAAACUAUGACAGCUAUGGCAGGGGUAGUUAUAAUAAUGCCAAUCCUCCGCGUUAUAAUGGUAAUGCUUUUAACAAUCCUCCCAGCUAUGAUAACAAUGUUCCACCUGCACCUGAAGCGGUAUAUGAGAUACCCACAGAACUGCCACCAGCAGAGCCUGACUACAAUGUUAAUAAUAGCCCUGCUGUUGAAGAAUUAUAUGAGCCGCCUGCUGCUGUGCCUGAAAAUACUUAUAGCCCUCCGGAGCCUUCAACAUAUACAAAAGAGGAAACCCCUAAAGCUAACCAAUAUACAAAUGGAAAAGUACCACAAAUUAUAUAUCAACCCAUUAUAUAUGUAUCACCUCAGUAUCAAGGCAAUAAGGACUUAAUCAAACAAAUCCAACAGGAAGAGACUAAAUAUGAUGAAAAACCUAAAGAGGAAUAUAAACCCUUGAGUCCUAGUUAUGAAACGGAAACUGAAAGUGAAUCCGCAUCACCUUCAUAUAGCUCAGAGGCAGAUAGUGAAAAAUCAGAUGACAGUUCUAAAGAUAACUACAAUAAACCGGAACCACAAACUCCUGUUGUAGUAACACCUUGCAGUCAAUCUUAUGCUGUUCCAUCUACACCUUGUUUAAGCCCACCACUCACAAAUCCAGCUGUAUCAACAGUCUCUACUGUUUAUAAUAUUAUUACUCCAUCAUUGCUACAUACUCUAACAGCAGGUCAAAGCCCUUCAUACAUUACUAGUGUAACUGCACCCAAUGUGCCCUGCUCAAAUGAAGAACCUUCAAAGUAUUCCUUAACUCCCUCUAAUGUUAUACCUUUGGAUAGUUAUUCAUUGCCAUCCUCAUCUCCAGCGCCAGCAGCAAUGGCUUACUUGUCACCUCCAGCCCCUAUGACAGCACCAAAACCUGCUCCACCUCCAGCUCCUAUGCCACAAUCCUAUAUACAACCAAUUCACUUGUCAUCUGAUGAUCAACCAUAUCGUGUCUGCCCGGAACUUUUUGAGGAAUAUCAGCGUAAACUAAAUACAAUUUUACCACACAUUCAUGCUGGCCAGGGAGGAAGUACUUUUGUCAAUGCCCAACUAAUACAUUAUUGAUUUUGCUCGGGCUGUGCAGUUUUAAAGAAAUUGUCUCUUGUAUAUGUAUUUUCUAUUUUUAAAAAAUAGGAUUAAUUUGAUUUUAACUUGUA